UUUCUAGGGAAUCUCGGCCACUCGAGACAUGAGAUCGCUGUUUGAGAAGCAUAAUGCCGAUGAAAGUGUUGCCGCUGCGUGGCGCCAUUUGUUGCCAAAAUAGUGAUUAAAACUCAAAUCCAGGCAGCAGUCGAUUGAUUAGUUAAAAAACCGCUCGCAGCAUGCAUACAUUAUAUUUUGCCAAACAAGAACCAAGCUAACUCGUUUGCGGAAUGUUUCUCACAAUUAGCAUUUGGAAAUUAAUGAAGUUCAGGCCAAGACGGCGAGCCAAAAAUUGCCAAAAAUAAAUUAGUCGACAAAUGAAUGCAGCAGACAGGCGAUGAUGCGGACUGCUGACUGCUGAUUUUCGACCACGUAUCUCCCCCAAAACGGUUCCUGCUCGACCAGCUUUCCAGCUUUCCAGCUCUCGCAUCAAACAGAUCGGAGAUCGGAGAAGAAAGGCGAUAAAUCUGCAUGGAAAUGUGCGCAGUCAUGGCUCCCAUUCCGCUAUAUACCUACUAUAGAGGGGAUCAUGUGCAGGGGGACUCCAACUUACGUCAUUGACGAGUUUGUUUAGCGCUUGGAGAGGCAGUGGAUUCCCGCUCUCCACGAUCAAAACCGGCAUGGAAUACGGCUGUGGCUUUGUGGGGCUAUGGAGAGGCUAUAGCGCUAUUUCUGUGGAGCCACAGAGACGCGAUCUCAGCUGUUGACCGCCGACUCUCAAAGCCAACUGCGCAUAACAAAGGCGAACCUUGUGCGAGAAAGUUGUCAGUGUCGUGGGACGCGGAUCGCCAUUUGAUAGCGAAUUGGCAUUAAGUGCUUCCAUUGGCGAAAUCGGUUUAACGCGAGUGCCAUGCCAAAUCCCAGCAAGCCCAACGGCGCUAAUCAGUCGACAAACAUUUCGAAUACCUGAAAACCCGAUCCCACCUGGAGCCAGCCCAACAACCAACAUAGAACCUACCACAGAUCCAGCUCCAGAUCGAGAUCCAGGGAGAAUGCUGUUCUCCGCGGUGGUGUUGUGCCAGGUGGAGCGGCUGAUGUGCCUGCCCAUCAGCUUCGCGGUGCUGGGCUUCCUAUUCAUGGCCUGCACCAUGGAGGUGGUGCUGCUUAAGCUGACUACCACCGAUCCGGUCCUCGGACCUCCCGCCGAGGAUUGGGAGGAGAACGGAGGCCCGGAUGGGGAGGAGCAGAUCUACUACGAGAAUUUGGAGAACAACUACGAGCACUGGGCGCGCAGGAGGAUGCGAUUCCACCGACAGCGACAGCAGCAACAGCAGCAGCAGCAUCAUUUGCCCACUUCGACUUAGGCUAGAAUAUAUGUAAAUUUUAAAUUAGAUUGGUUUAAGCGGGUAUAUUGACUGAUCUUCUCCUACACCUUUUGUUUUCCACUAUUUCCUACGGUCUAUGCAAGUUAUUUGAAUCUUUCGCAAGCGAAAUGUUUUUGAAGGCUGUUAACGGUUGACUUUUUCCUUAAGUAAUAUUUGUUUGUUUGUAAGCGAAAUUGCGAAUUUUGCCAUUUGAAUAAGUUGAGCAGCAAUCCGCUGGCCGAUUACUCAUUUCGAGCACGUACAAGACACCCAGGAAUUCCCUUCUUCUCUCUUGUGUAAGAACUGUAAGUGACUGACAUAAUCCGAAUCCCUAUCGAGGCAGUGCGUCUCCUAGAUUGUAAGAUGUGUGAUAGAGCUACAUGUAUACUUUAAGCCGCGCCAUUUCGCCUAAGUUGAUUAAACUCGGCUUUAAAA